AUGAAGCGAUCUUCGCAGAGGGACCGCAAGCUUGACUGGGAGGAAGAAGAGUCCGUAACCAGUUCUGAUGAACUUUCGUCAACAGAAUCCGCCUCAGUCACAUCCUCGAAUGAUGAGAAGGGAAAGAAGAAGAACAAGAAGAGCAAAGAGAAAGCCACUAGAAAGAGAGUCACCAAGAAGAGCAGUAACGAGCCUAAUGUGCAGCAGCUGGCCACUUUACUGGCAAGCUUAGGAGGAAAACCGACUGCUACUUCAGUAGACAACAACCUCGUCCUAGACCCUCCUCCUCCACCGUUGGUCUCGGGCACCAUCGCGGGCGCAGCUCCCAACGAGGAAGCUAUCGCUCAACGAGUCUUUCAGCUGCUCAAGGAGCAGAAUGACCAGGCAGGAAAGAAAUCAAAGACAACCCCUGGCAAGAUUGGCUCCAAAGUAGCCUUCAAACGUGUGGACCAGGUUUAUGAUCGUAAAAUCGGUAAUUACAAGCUCAAAGAAACUGUCCACGAGGAUCCAAAGAGGAGCGAAUGGGAUCAGUAUGUCUUCAACAUCCGCCGCCAGUUCGAUGUCAGCUCCCGCUACCUAGCUACCUACGUCGACAUCAAGUCCAAGUAUCUGCGCGAGUCUCUGAAAGAAGUUAUGGGAGAAAUCAAAGGCUUAAAUCUGGUCACCGAAAAGCCAGCCAUUGACCCCAACAUGCUAUUUCUAUACUUGGAGGAGUUACGGCGCCUGCAGGAGCAACUCACUGCCCAGAGUCAAUCCCUUGAGAACAAGAAGGAGAAGAAGAUUGCCAAAAUCAAGUCACAGCACCUCCAGGUUCUUGUCGACUAUCUUGAUGAGGACUUUGCAGACACCAAGAAAGCACUCUAUCCUAUGCUCGAAGCUGGCAUUAUAACCUUUGACUACCUGUGGGCUCUCUUCAAACCUAAUACUAUCCUUUACUCCUCCACUUAUGGCGACGACGAAGAGCCACGAGCCUUCAAGACAGUUUAUAGCAAAGAGAACGCUAGUUUCAUGAAGGGCAAAUGGUACAGCAUCGAAUCCCGCUACCUCGACUACGAUGGCAAGAACUUUGGUCUCGCUACCGUCCACGGCGAAGUCCCUGCUUUCUCAGGCGCCAGAAAAAUCUCUUCUCUGUCGUGCUAUCCUAUUCAAUACCACAAGAAUCCCGAGAAGGCCAAGCGCGACUUGAUUGAUCGGGGGAAGAAGUUCGUCGCUCUUCAAGGCAUGAAUUACAAGACCUAUGCCGGCAUGACUUUCGUGAAAAAGGAAGAUAAGGUUCUCAAGGUUGAUGUCAAUGGCCGCAUAAUGAUCGAUCCUUCCAUCUUCCGAAGAAUCAACCCCAACUACCCUCUAAGCACUGUCAAAAUAAUGGAAGGCGAGGUUGAGGAGAUACAGACUACGACCCUUGAUGAGUUUGGCAAUGUCACAACUGACAGUCAAGGUCAACCUACUCCUGCCUCUGAAGACUUCAACAAGCAUAAGCACUUCAAGGUCGUCAAAGACAAGGAUAAUAAAUACACCAUUGUCGAGCUAGAUUCAGAUGAGGCUACCAAGGCAACAAUCGAAGAGGGCUCCAAAGAUAUCUUCACAGAAGAGCAGCUUCUUAUCGCCAGCUCUACUGUCGUCGGCUUCUCCUUCUCAGAGAAAUUGUGGUUGGAGUUCGCCGUCAGCAAGAUUGGUGAGAUCUCAUGGAACACUGACGCUUUUGAUUCCCUCAUCCUGCCAGACAAUCAGAAAGGCAUUGUCAAGGCAAUGGUAUCCUCUCACGCGUUUCAUCCUUCUCGCAGCAUUGACGAUAUCAUUGCUGGCAAAGGCAAAGGUCUCGUGGCUGUCUUACAUGGUGGUCCUGGUCUCGGCAAGACUCUUACCGUCGAGUCGAUUGCCGAUUUGCUCAAGCGACCCUUGUACAUGGUUUCAGCUGGCGACCUCGGCACGAACAGCAGCACACUCGAACGAGAACUUCAGAAUAUCCUCGAUAUUGCUCAUGCAUGGGGUGCAGUCCUACUGUUGGACGAAGCCGAUGUCUUCCUAGAAAAGCGAUCGACUCACGACAUUCAUCGAAAUGCACUGGUCAGCAUCUUCUUGCGCUUGCUUGAAUACUUCCAGGGCAUACUUUUCUUGACAACAAAUCGCGUUGAAGUCUUCGAUGACGCUUUCGUCUCCCGUAUCCAUCUGUCCCUUCGAUACGGUGAGCUUUCCAGUAAGGCUCGCAAGGCGAUCUGGAAGACAUUCAUCACCAAGGUCAAAGAUGCCGAAGGUAUGAAGAUAGAGGACAUCCAAGACAAAGACCUAGAAGACCUAUCGAGACGAGCACUCAACGGCAGACAAAUCAAGAACAUCGUCCGAGCUGCUCAAGCUUUGGCUAUUCACGAAGAUGUCGCGCUGGGCCUAGCACACAUUCGAACCGUGCUCGACGUUGCACAGACGUUUGAACGAGAUCUAAAAGGUGGCACCGGCUACGAGGAUGCCAUGAGAGGCUAUACAUAA